AUGAAGGUCUGGAAUGCUGUAUAUACCGGUCUGGCUAUCGCAGGUUCUUUGUCAUGUGCAGCCGCCGUUGAGAAGAAAGAUCUCGCGAGCGAAAUAUGGGCGGACAUCGAAUCUGCAACUACUUGCGCAGCUUGUGAUGCUGUCUUAGAAAUCCUGAAGGGCCUGGCUGAUUUAGGUGAUGCGGCUUUCGUCGACACCAUUACAGAAAUAUGCAUUCUUGCCAAGGCCGAAGACUCUGAUGUCUGCACUGGUGCAGUUGGCCUCGAAGGGCCCAUUAUUGCUCAAAGCUUGAGGGAGAUGACCAUAUCUUCGCACACAUCCCAGCUGUUCUGCAUCACGUUCCUGGGUCUUUGCCCCUAUCCCGACGUUACUCCUUACAAUGUCACCUUUCCCUCACCUAAGCCUUCAACGACGCGACCCGCCGUCAGUGGCCAAUCACCCAUUCAGGUCGUCCAUUUCAGUGACAUUCAUGUAGACCCAUUUUACGAGACGGGAUCCAAUUACAAUUGCACCAAACCCAUUUGCUGCAGACCAUACACUCCGGAUGAUGCUCCAGGUAACACUAGCUAUCCAGCGGGCCCGUAUGGGAAUACAAAAUGCGAUGCGCCACUGAGCCUCGAGGAGAGCAUGUAUGCUGCUAUCAAGAGUAUUGCCCCCAACGCCGCCCUCACUAUCUUCACCGGCGAUAUUGUGGAUCGCGGCGUCUGGGAGGUAAAUGAGACACAAAACUUGAAAGAUAUCAACGAUGCUUACAGCCGAAUGUCGGGCUUGACCCAAGUAUAUUCCACUGCUGGUAAUCACGAAGCUUCUCCUGUCAAUGCGUUUCCACCGACAGCACUCAACUCUUCGGUGAGUGACCAGUGGUUGUACAAUGCGCUUUCGUCAAACUGGGAAACUUCCAUUGGGUCCAGCGCAGCUCAGGAAGAACUGAACUUUGGUGCUUACUCCACCAAAUUUCCGGGAGGAAACUUGCGCGUGAUAUCCCUCAACACGAAUCUAUAUUACAAGGAGAACUUUUGGCUGUAUGAGAAGACAAUGGAAACUGAUCCAAGCGGACAACUGGCAUGGCUAGUCAACGAGCUACAGUCAGCUGAGGACAAUGGUGAAAGAGUAUACAUCAUAGGUCACAUGCCAAUGGGAUUGAGUGAUGCAUUCCGUGAUGGGUCGAACUAUUCCGACCAGAUUGUGAAUCGUUACUCCGCGACGAUUGCUGCCCUGUUUUUUGGACAUACACACCAGGAUCAAUUUCAGAUCGCCUAUAGUAAUUACACGGACCAAACCUAUCAAAACGCUGUCGAAGUCACCUACAUAGGUCCUGCAAUGACUCCCUCCUCUGGUCCCGCAGCUUUUCGAGUCUAUACUGUGGAUCCCGUAACCUUCGGAGUUCUGGAUAUAACUACUUACAUUGCGAAUAUAUCAUCUCCCGAUUAUCAAACCGAUGGACCGGUUUGGGAGGAGUACUACUCAGCAAAAGCUGCAUAUGGCCCCCUCGUGGACCCCCCACUCACAGAUCCUGCAGCUGAAUUAACGCCCGCAUUCUGGCAUAACGUGACGACCGUCUUCGAGAGCAACAAUGACACAUUCCAGCAAUAUUACGCACGCAAGAGCAGAGGCUGGAAUGUCGGCUCAUGCGAUGGCACCUGCCAGACGAGCGAGAUAUGCCAGCUACGGGCUGCCGCUGCAGAGUACAACUGCGCUGUUAUCAAGCCUGGGAUCUCGUUCCGCAAGAGAGACGAAGGUUUAGAGCGUUCACUUGGCCAUGUCGAGGAGAACGUCUGUGAGGGUUCUCGGGCAAGGCCAAUCAUUGCAAGACUGGCGGCUAGAGAUGGAUUGCUUGAGGAUGCACUGCGAAAGGCCCGAAGAAAGUAG